GUUGCACGCAUCCACAUAGCAGAAAACAAAAGGAAGACGAAGUACCAGUACUACUUCCCAAAGGCACCAGAAGAGAAACUGAGAAAGAAAGAAAACCUACCAAAGCGCCUAAACCCAUUUUCAAGCAAUGAAGAUACAAAAGAUGGUUCCAAAAAUGGUUCUUGAGUCUUGAGUUGCAUCCUCUUUCAAACAGAAGCAGCAGCCAAUUGGAGCACAAGGUGUCUGUGUCUACUGAAAUUUCAAUUCUUGAGCUGUGUAUUGUGUGUUUAAUCAGCUGAAUUCGUAGGAUUUGGGUUGGGAACAGAGACUUAGAACUCAAAAGUCUGUGUCUUUUCUUGUUGUAUAGCAUUGUGGGGUGGGUGGUCUCUGUUUCAAGCUCAGUUGGUUUGGAAUUUGAAGUGAAUCCAUUUGUAAUUUGUGGUCUGAGAGUCUUUUGGGGGUGUGUGGGGUUGUUCUUGUUCUUGAAAACUGGAGGCUUUUGGGUUCUUGGGUUUUUGGGUAUCUUUGUUAGUGUUGAUUUUGUUAGAUGAAGGCCAUGCCCCUACCCUUUGAGGAGUUUCAAGGGAAGGGGGUGUUAGAUUUCUCAUCUGAUUCUUCAGAUUUGUUAGCUUCACCAGCACCACAGGGCCACCAUCAGCAACCUCAAAAGUGGAAGGAGAAUUGCUAUGUGGGCAGCACUGAGCCCACUUCUGUUCUCGAUACCAGAAGAAGCCCAAGCCCUCCUACAUCCUCUUCAACUCUGUCUUCUUCUCACGGCAGCGGCGGUGGAAGUGGGUCUACAGAUACCACCCCUACCACCGGCGUGGCGGCUGCGGCUCCGGCAGAAAACAAGCCAUCUGAAGCAGGUCUAGAAGAAGCAAAAUGUGGACCACCACUUGGAAUGGAGGACUGGGAGAGUGUGCUGUCUGAGUCACCAGGUCAAGAGCAGUCCAUUCUUAAGUUGAUGAUGAGUGACAUUGAAGACCCAUCUCUUGGAUUGAACAAGCUGUUGCAGAGUGGGGUUGGUUCUCAUCAAGAUUUUGGGUUUCAUGAUGUGGUGGAGGAUCAAGGUUAUGGCGCCUUUGAAGAACACAAUACAGGGAGUUUGAAUCUGGGGAUGAGCAGCAUUGCUAACCCUUCUCUGCAAGCAACAUCUUGUUCUGAAAUUCCUUUCAAUGGCUCAAAUGCUACCGUUUUCUCUGCUUCAGCGAACAAUCUGUUCCCAGGUUCACUACCUCCUGGUUUGUUCCAACAGCAACAACAAUUGGUUGAGCCUUUGGAUGAGAAGCCACAAAUUUUCAAUCCACAUAUGGUGAUGAAUCAAAACCAAGCUCAGUUUAAUCAAAAUCCUGCGAUGUUUAUGCCACUCUCGUAUUCCCAAUUGCAAGACCACCACUUCCUUUCCCCACCUCCGGCAAAAAGGCAUAAUUCCGGUGGCUUUGGACCCAGUUACCCGGGCCAGAGAUUGCCGUUUUUGAAUCCGGGUCAAGAGCUAAUGGCUCGGGUACAACAGCAGCAGCAGCAACAACAUCAGCAGCAACAACAACAUCAGCAGCAGCAGCUUCUGUUGCUUCCACAACAUCUCCAACACAGGCCAGUAAUGUUAGCCGCGAAGGACAAAAUGGUGAACAAUCUGGAAGGGGAUAAAGAAUUGAUGAACAACCACCAGCUUCAUCAAGCGAUAGUUGACCAGCUUGUCAAUGCAGCAGAGCUGAUCGAAACAGGCAAUCCGUUACUCGCGCAAGGGAUAUUGGCGCGGCUCAAUCAACAGCUCUCUCCUAUUGGUAAGCCUUUUCAAAGGGCUGCUUUUUAUUUCAAGGAGGCCUUGGAAUUACUACUUAACAUGAACAACUCUCACUCUUCUGCUAAUUUGUCACCUUUUAGCCUCAUUUACAAGAUUGCUGCAUAUAAAUCAUUCUCUGAAAUCUCACCAGUUCUCCAAUUUGCCAACUUUACUUGCAACCAAGCCAUCCUUGAAUCUGUGGAAGGCUUUAAUCGUGUCCAUGUUAUCGAUUUUGAUAUUGGCUAUGGUGGGCAAUGGGCUUCUUUUAUGCAAGAGGUGGCUUUAAGAAAUGGUGGUUCGCCUCCUUCUCUCAAAAUCACUGCAUUUGUAUGCUCUUCGAUGCACGAUGAAUUCGAGCUGGCUUUCACUCAAGAAAACCUCAAGAACUUUGCUUGUGAGCUCAAUUUGGCAUUUGAACUCGAAAUUGUAAGUAUUGAGGCAUUGAACUCUGGUUCUUGGCCAUUACCACUUCAUGGCUCAGAGGGUGUGGCAGUUGCUGUCAAUCUUCCAAUUGCUUCCUUCUUGAAUUCCCGUUUAUCGCUUCCUUUGGUCCUGCGCUUUGUUAAGCAGCUUUCUCCCAAAAUUGUGGUAUCCUUGGAAAGGGGCGGCAGUGACCGGGCUGAUAUCCCAUUUCCCCACCAAAUCAUUCAAGCCGUUCACUGUUACUCAAGCCUUCUUGAAUCAUUAGAUGCUGUAAAUGCAAAUCUAGAUGCCCUGCAAAAGAUUGAGCGGUACUUGCUCCAACCAAGCAUUGAAAAGAUUGUAAUGGGCUGCCAUCUUUCUCCUAAAAGGACACCGACACCUUCUUGGAGGACUCUGUUUUUGUCAUCUGGGUUCUCCCCGGUGACAUUCAGCAAUUUCACCGAGUCCCAAGCGGAUUGCUUGGUGCAACGGACUCCAGUUGGGGGUUUCCAUGUUGAGAAGAGACAGUCUUCGCUUGUGCUCUGCUGGCAGCGGAAGGAUCUCAUCUCAGCCUCAGGGUGGCGGUGCUGAAGAACCAGCAUUUUGACAUUGGUUCUACCUGUUAAUUUUCGUCUCCAAGAUGCUUCAUAACUUACUGCUUAGUUUCGGAUCUUUUUGAGUUUUCUUGCUUCUAUGCUAAUUGUCUAUGGUGCUGUAGGCCUAUUGUUUGUAAUGAAGAAACCAGACAUUUAAAAGUAACUCAAUGGCUUUGUACAGUUUUUUUCUUUGCAA